AAUAAUUAAUUAAAUGCAGCAAUUUCAAUCAAACUAGUAGUAGUAGGUGAUGGUAGUGUAGGCAAAACUUGUAUUUUAAUCAGGUAAAUAUAAUUGAGUUUAUGAUAGAUUCACUUAAAAUAAGUUUCCUACAGACUAUGUACCAACUAUAUUUGAGAACUAUUGUACAUAAAUAUAAUAUGAGGAUAAAAUGGUAAAUCUUAACUUAUGGUAUUUUCAAAUAAUUAUUUAAUAAUAAAGGGAUACAGCUGGACAAGAAGAAUAUAAACAAUUAAGAUCUAUUAGUUAUCCAUAAAGUGAUGUCUUUUUAAUUACAUUUUCAGUAGAUGAACCAAGUUCAUUUUAAAAUGCUUUAAAAAAAGUAACCAAAUAUAUCUAAAUUAUCUAAGUGGUAUCCUGAACUUUAAGCAGAUUAACCAAAUGUUCCUAAAAUUUUUAUUGGAAAUAAAAUUGAUAUGAGACCAACAGAAAAUGUAAACUUGGAAAAAUUCGUGACAUAUGAUAUUGCUUAAAAAGUUAUUUCAGAUUAUGGUUGCAAAUAUAUUGAAUGUAGUGCACUUAAUGGAACAAAUUUAAAAUAAAUUUUUUAAGAGGCUGUCAAACAAGCUAUAAAAAAAAAAUUCCCUUAAUAAACAUCUCAAACUUAAGGGACUUCUAAACCUUAAGCUGGUGCUUAAAGGAAGUCAAACUCGAAUGAAAAUGCUGAUGCAAGUGGAAAAUGUUCAAUUCAGUGAUUACAUCAAAUAAACA